AUGGAUCGUAGGUGGAUUCACAUACUUGAUAAGUUAUCACCAGAAUACGCUGCUGGUAUAAACAAUUUCAUAAGUGUUGCAAGUGAGUUCAGAAACUCUAGUGGAAUGGUAUUAUGCCCGUGUCGGCGAUGCAUGAAUAAACAAUCACAAUCUUUGAAUGUGAUCAAGUUACACUUGCUCACUCAUGGAUUUCUUAGUACUUAUACUACUUGGACCCACCAUGGUGAGGAAAUAGAGGGUGUUGAAGAUGAAGUGCUAGCCGAUGUUGAGGAUGCUGAAGCAACCGAUGAUUUGUCUACAGGCUUACAAGAUGCUUUUGGUGGUCCAUAUUUUUAUAUCGGUCCAACGAGUGAUUUCAUUGACAAUGAAUUCCCUCGCAAUUCUAAUGACAAGUAUGAUGCCUUGUUAGAUUCGGUUCAUAAUCCUUUGUAUGAGAAUUGUACAAAGUUUUCUGUCCUAAGUGCUGUUGUAAAGUUAAUGAAUUUAAAGGUGAUUAACAAAUGGACAGAUAAAGGCUUUGAUGACCUUUUGAAGUGUCUUAAAGAAAUGUUACCCGAUGGUAAUCAUUGCCCGAUAAGUUAUUAUCAAACGAGGAGGCUUCUAUCUGAAGUUGGCUUGGGGUACGAGCAAAUUGACGUGUGCCAAUAUGAUUGUGCAUUGUUUUAUGGUGAGAAUGCAAAUGCUACAAUGUGCCCUAUAUGCAAAUCUAGUCGUUAUGUGCGAAAUAAAAUUCCACAUAAACGACUUAGAUGGUUUCCAAUCAAGGCUCGACUGAAACGCUUGUUUAGCUCAAAGCAUACUGCCAAGGUUAUGCGAUGGCAUAAAGAGGUGCGCAAAGAUGAACCCAGUAUAUUACGUCAUCCAGCUGAUGGGGACGCUUGGAAGCACUUUGACAAGACAUACCCUGAAUUUGCAGUGGAUUCGAGGAGUAUGCGAAUGGGACUAGCGUCAGAUGGGUUUAACCCUUUCUCAAACAUGACAUCCACGUACAGCUUAUGGCCUGUGAUAUUAAUUCCAUAUAACAUGCCGCCUUGGGCAUCUCCGAAUGGAACAAAUUAUCUCAUGUCAUUAUUAAUACCAGGGCCUAAAUCUCCUGGAAAGGAUUAUGAUGUGUUUUUGAGACCACUGAUUGAAGAACUUAAGGAGUUAUGGGAGGGAAUUGAGGCGUAUGAUUGA